ACCCAAAAUCAUUUAUUAAGCAUACCUAAGUUUGCGAUGGCAUUUUUUUUUUUUAAUUAAUAAUUUUAUUUAUUUAUUUUUUAUCACAAUGGUUCAUACCAAAAUUGAGAAAAUGGAUAGGAGAUAUUGUUCUGCCAUUCGAUGAAAGAUUUUAUUGGCCCCAAAAAAUAGUAGCAGCUCAGGCAGGAGCGCCGGAAGAAGAUAUUUGACUCCAGCCGAGGAAAGGAAGACAUUGAUGGCAACAGCAGUAGCAGGAGGAUGCUGAUGACGGAAGCUCUGAGAUAAUAGCUAUGAAACCAAAUCUCUCUGUAAAAUCAAUGUUGCAGUGCCAAAACCUUCUGUCCUCGACCUUCUGCUUCUCUCUCCCCUCUUCCCAAAUCCCACCAACUCUUUCUUCCUCCUCACCAACUCCUCUCACAUUUCUCCACAGACCCACCUCUCUCCAUUCUCUCUCAGCCCUUCCCCGCACCACACCCCAACCAUGGCUCGCCCAAGUGCCCGAACCCACUGCCAGCGCCCCAGAAGCAGCCGAUGGACCCAUUGAACUGCCACCGUCCACGCCGUCCAUCUUCGCUCCCUUCGACAACCCUUCGCCUAUCCAAGUCGCCUCCAGCCUUCUCCUCACAGGCGCCAUCUCCUUCUUCCUCUUUCGUUCCCUCCGCCGCCGCGCGAAGCGUGCUAAGGAACUGAGGUUUAGAUCUUCGGGAGCGGAGAAAACAUUGAAAGAGGAGGCACUGGACAGCUUGAAAACAAUCAGGCCUCCUUCGUUGGAUGCCAGAUCUCCACCCUCGCCUGUUCAAGCAUUGUUGGGCAGCUUAACAGCUGGCGUAAUGACAUUGAUCCUUUAUAAGUUCGCAACUACUGUGGAAGCAUCUCUUAAUCGCCAGACAAUGUCAGAUAAUUUAUCGGUGCGCCAAUUAACAAUAACCAUAAGGACCAUUGUUAAUGGAAUGUGCUAUCUUGCAACAUUUGUUUUCGGCAUAAAUUCUGUUGGCUUAUUACUGUAUGCCACGCAGCUUGUAAUUAAAUCCAUUCUAGGAAUUUCUACAAGUGAAGAUGAACAACAAUCUGGUUUCUCAAAUUCAGGGGACAACAAUUCCACAAAGGGCACCGAAUUGAAGGAUUCGGAGAUAAAACAAAGUUCAGAUGAUACACAGUAAUGGGAGAGAAAAAUCAUGAUUGAGCUUUGUAGAUUUUAUACUAUUUUGGUAGUACAUUUGUAGAUUAUUACCCCUUUCAAUUUUAAUCAUACGGCAUCAUUGUUGUGGUCCA